AGUAAAAGCAGCAGCGGCGGCAGAGGCAAAAGCAGCGACGUAACCGGGCAACGUGCGCUGAAUACCAAAACUUUUUUUUGGGGUCAUGCCACGAACGUCGAGCGGCUGAAAGACCAACAGAACCAAACUUCUUUACUGUGAGCAAUAGAAACUCUAGUCAAUAGUUCAUAUGGAUGCUACCGCAAGUUCAAAGUUCAGCGAUGUGGACGAGUAUGGCUUCAAGCGUGGCGAGCACUUCGACUAUAGCAACUACUCCAAGUUCAUGGAUGGUUACCUCAAGACGCUGACGCGACGCCGCAUGAAGUGGGAGGCCAUGCUGCAGCAGAACACCGAUCUCAGCCAGGUGGACGCCAAGCUGAAGCGGUACAUACGAAAGGGCAUACCUGGGCCGUACCGUCCCGACGUCUGGAUGAAGAUAUCCGGCGCCGCCGCCGCCCAGCGACGCUCUCCGGAACUCUUUCGCCAGCUGCUGCGCUCGGAGCCCUUCGACAAGGAAAUCAGCGAUUCCAUAUCAAUCGAUCUACCUCGUACCUUUCCCGACAAUAUUCACUUCGAUACGAAGAAGCAGCGCCUGUACAACAUCCUCAUCGCCUACGCGCACCACAAUCGGGAUGUCGGCUACUGCCAGGGCCUCAAUUACAUAGCCGGCCUGCUGCUGAUCGUCACCGACGACGAGGAGAAGUCCUUCUGGCUGCUCAAGCACAUUGUGGAGAACAUUGUACCGCAGUACCAUUCGCACAACAUGGCCAAUCUGCUGAGGGAUUUGGCCGUGUUCCGCGAGUUGGUCAUCCGGCGGAUACCCGCUGUUAAUCGGCAUGUGGAUAAUUUGGGCCUUCCCUACCCGGUGAUCGCCAGCAAAUGGUUCAUCUGCAUCUUUGCCGAGGUGCUGCCCGUGGAAACGGUGCUGCGGAUUUGGGACUGCGUCUUCGCCGAGGGCUACAAGAUUGUUUUUCGCGCUGCCCUGGCCAUGUUCGUCACCCAUAAGAACGCCAUUCUGGCCUGCGAUGACAUAGCCGCCCUGGCCAACUUAUUUCGAGACCACAUGAUCCAGGACAGCAUUGUGACGGAUUGUCACGGAUUUAUUGAGGCCAUGUUCAGUCUGAGGCUGAAGCGAAGCGAGCUGGAGAGCCUGCGCAAGGUGGCCGUGCUGAAUCCGGCCUAAAAAGACCAACAGAUCAAACAAACAGCAACAAAACCAAAAACAAAUUGGAGAAGCAAUCGAAAAAUUCAAUUAUUAGGAGCGUAGUUCGACCGUAUCAUUGUGUUUAUGUUCAUGAUUGUGAGUGUGCAUUAUGUAAUCGUUUCUAUAUAGUACGCGCAUUUGUAUUACCAUUGUAGCCCAAUUGUAGCUAAGGCCAAAAUAAUUCGAGUAUUAGCCAACGAAAUCAAAUCGAGUUACCAAAGCGAAACAAAUUCAAAAUGGAACAGAAAAGAACAGAUUAGUUUAGCCGCAUAUGUACGUACCUAUGCUGUAGGAGUAGUAGCCAAAAGUUUCUAGUUGAUAUCUUCCGCAUGUAGACCAUAUAUAUAUAUUCAUCCCCAACCAUCGGCAGCGCAUUUAGCCCACGUUUCACCCAACAAAAAGAAGAGAGUUUGUGUUCUAAGUUAUCUUGUUGAUCAAAGAAGUAUUUAUUUUCGAGUAUAUGUACUUUGAUAGGAAGCUAUGUAAAUGUCUACGUCUAGAUGAAACAUGUAUUUACUUUUAUAUAUAUAAAAAUGCUUUUAAAGUUGUUACAUAGUUGACUAACUGUAAAACGUCUGUUAGCCGCAAUACUCAAUACUAUUUACAAAAGAUUUAUCCUGAAAUAUAAUUUGAGGAAUUGAUUUGUAAAUGCAUUAUCCCGCUAGCCAUUGGGCCCAACAACUAUUCCCCAAAAGCGGAAGUGGGCUUCAAUGGCUGAUGGGUUUUAUAUAUUUCAUGCAGCCGAGACGCUUUUCAAAUAAAAUACUAUUGCUAACUGUUAGUAACUGUAGAAAUAUGUACAGCCUUAAACUAAAUUGGGAGAUCGAAACUAUGAAGGGAAGACAUAGUGGUAUCUUUGGGGGAAGAUCAAGAGAUUAUGUGGUAAGUGCUUUUAGCAGUUCACAGGCUAGGCCUGUUUUUCUUUUCCUAUUAUUUAUGGCAUUCCGCAGUGAGCUCCGCACAAGGGUUCCGAGGACAAGGCCAACGAGGUGAGCAGAGUUCGUCUACCAGGAUGGACGCCUAGGUU